AUGGUAGUAGGGAGGUAUACUACUACUACUACAAAGAGUAAUGAUGCAAGUAUCUUUCAAUUGGCAAAAGCUAUUUCAUGUCAUGCAUGGAAUAAAGAUCGUAGUAAAGUAGCCAUUUGUCCCAAUACGAAUGAAAUAUGGAUCUACUCGGGCUGUCAAGCACCAGAUCCAUUACAAUGGCGUAAAGAAGCUGUUCUUACGGAGCACGAUAUGCUCGUAAGCGGUUUAGAUUGGUCACCUGUGCAUGAUCAAUUAGUAUCAUGUUCACACGAUCGUAGUGCAUUUGUAUGGAAGUAUGAGGCUGCUUAUCGUCAAUGGAAACCACUGCUUGUAGUGCUCCGUGUCACUCGUGCUGCUACUAAUGUUAAAUGGAGUCCAAAUGGCAAGAAAUUUGCCGUCAGUAGUGGUGCCAAGUGUGUGUCUGUGUGCUACUACCAAGCAGCGGAAAACUGGUGGGUUAGUAAGAUUAUCAAGAAACACAAAUCGACAGUGACGGACUUGGACUGGCAUUUCAACAGUCAGUUGCUAGUGACUGGUAGCACGGAUCUAAAAUGCCGCGUCUUUUCGGCGCACAUCAAGGACGUCGAUGGACCACCUGAUGCAGGUCCUUUUGAAGCCUUACCACCAUUUGGUGAGCCGCUCGCGGAGUUUGACAAUGCUAGCGCCUGGGUGAACGCCGUGGCAUGGUCUCCAAAGGGUGACUACUUGGCGUUUGCUAGUCAAGGAUCUUCCAUUCACAUUGUUCACUUUGGCGCCCCUGGCGAAUAUCCGACGAUUCAGUCGAUUCGAUUUUCUCACCUGCCGCUGAUGCGCAUUAUGUUUCUGUCAAACUCCGCUAUUCUUGGCGUGGGUUAUGAUUUCAACCCAAUGCUGUUUUCUCAGACUGCCAACAACUUCUGGUCGUUCUCUGAGUUUGUGGACAAGAAGCCCACUGGAGCUGCUGUGAAGACAAAUUCGGGCGGUUUUAGCGCAGCUCGAAGCUUGUUUGAAAGUAAAGUAACCCGUGGACAGUCGUCUGAUGCUACUCAACUCGAUAAAGAUAUGCUGUGGAUGAAACACGCAAGCAACAUUACGUGCAUCCAGCCGUACGCUCAGUCUGCCUCUGGUGGCGUCACAGAAUUCUCUACCUCAGCACUCGACGGUCGCGUGGUCUUAUGGAAAUUGGGAAGUUUGAACGUGGAUUUGAGCAAACUGCAUCUGUAA